UGAGCCACGCCCCGUCCCCCGCCGCAUGGAUGUUUCAGUCCAGCAUCUCUGAGAUCUGACAACAGGAAGGAUUUGACCUCGCUGCACAUAAGGACGACACACAUCUGCUUGCAAUAUACUGGGUAAAGACUUAGACUUAUUUAACUUGACCAUGGCAAACCGAGGACCCAGUUAUGGACUGAGCCGUGAGGUGCAGGAGAAGAUCGAGCAGAAGUAUGACCCAGAGCUAGAGUCUCGGCUGGUGGACUGGAUUGUCACUCAGUGUGGAGGAAAUAUAGAGAAGCCACAGCCGGGGAGGCAAAACUUUCAGAUCUGGCUAAUGGAUGGCACUAUCCUCUGUAGACUCAUUAACAGUUUGUAUCCACGUGGUAAGGAGCCUAUUAAGAAGAUCCCAGAGACUCAGAUGGCCUUUAAGCAGAUGGAAAAGAUCUCCCAGUUCCUGCAGGCAGCUGAAGCUUACGGAGUGAUAACCACAGACAUUUUUCAGACAGUGGACUUGUGGGAAGGAAAAGACAUGGCAGCCGUCCAGAGAACACUAAUGGCCCUGGGAGGCGUCGCUCUCACAAAAGACGAUGGACUUUACCGAGGUAACCGGGACUGGUUUCACAGGAAAUCUCAAGGCAACCGGCGAGAGUUUUCUGAGGAGCAGUUGCGGCAGGGUCAGAAUCUGAUUGGCUUACAGAUGGGCAGUAACCGUGGGGCAUCUCAGGCUGGCAUGACUGGUUACGGCAUGCAUCGGCAGAUUAUGUAAAACUAUUCUAGUGCCCAACAACACCCAGAAGACCUUAAACCCUCUCACCCCAGCUCUCACCAAGCAGUGUUUCUUGAUGGUGCAUAUAUUGGAUGAAUAGGAGCAGUAUUAGUAAUUUCAGAAACUGAAGCAUAGAGGUUUUAAGAUAUUAGAGCAUGCAAGGCAUAUCUUUUUUAAGUUUUGUUUGCUCAGCUUGUGAUAAAAAUAUAUUUAUUUAUUUGUAAAUGUAUGCAAAGUGAUAAAAGUUUUAUCUAAGCAAGUCAAAACAACUGCAUUAUUCUCUAUGAGCAGACAGUGUGUUGAUAUACCAAAUAACAGACAGCAACAGUAUACUUGUUUACACGGUCUUUGAAUGUACAGUAAAGGACAAACGUUUGCCCUUCCAAAUACUGUAUUGCACCUGUCGUUAUUGCUGGGUUUCUUUUGCUCUUUUAAUAGGAAAAAUUAAAAAGUAAAAGAUGUCAAUGCACAUACUAACCAGAAGUACUGUAUGCAGAUUAAUGAUAGUCAUAAAUGUAGAAAUAUAUUAAUUUGUGUUGUCCAUCGUUGUUGUGUGUUAACAUUCCAUGUCAGUUUCAUAAGCUUGGUUUUGAUGACCAUGUUUGAUGUAAAUGUUUAAUAAAUUGGUACCUUAA